AUGGCUUCUCUCAGCUCGGCUUCUCCUCCUCCGUCUUCCGAAGGCGUACACAAACCCGGCGACGUGAAUGUGGUUCGAGAAGUGGAUCAAGAGGCAGAUGUCGUGCAACGAGUCGCACCCGACCAGAUCGACGACAAAUACCGCACCACCAGAUGGGAGAUCUGGGCUUAUUAUGCGUGCGUUGCUUACAUAUCCCUGAUCACCCCGCCGCUAACACUUGCUACCGACUUUGCUCCCACGGCCUGUCAGAACCUUCUCUCGCAGGCUGCAGGCGACCAAGGCACCCUUCACUUUGCCGGGAAACAGCGCUCCAUAGACAGCAUCGUUCUCCUCAGCAAUGGAAUCUCUUUCGCCAUCCAAGUCGUCCUUUUCCUGAUCAUCGGCAGCUUUGCGGACUUUGGGAAUUGGAGACCUAAUAUACUCAUUGUGCUCUCGAUUGUCGCUUACGCCAUUGGCUUUGCUUGGUUAGGUGUACACGAGCCAGAUAAGUGGCACGUCGGAGUCGGACUAUACAUCGUCGGGCUGAUCGCCUAUCAGACCACUCUGACGUUCUGGACGGCGGCAUUUCCAGGUCUUGCGAGAAACACGAAGGAAAUGAAGGAAAUAUCUGAACAAUACGUCGCUGGAAAUAUCUCCAGAGAUGAAUAUGAUCAUGCCGAUACGAUGAAACGCAGCCAGCUGGCGAACAUCUCUUUCUACGUCCAAUCGGUCGGUGAACUCUUCGUCCUGGCUGUCAUUGUAGGCAUCAUGUUCGGACUGCACGUCGAUGCCAGCGAAGCGAACAACAACUGGGGUUUGAGCGUCCUCAUCGCAUUUGCCAGUGGUAUUUGGCUCCUCGUCUCGUUGCCAUGGUUCGUCCUUGAGAAGCGAAGGCCAGGACAAGAUCCGCAGGGGAGCAUCAUUGUUGCCGGGAUGAAGCAGCUCAUCCAUGCGGGAAAGCAAGUAUGGAAGCUCAAACAGAGCGUUAUUUAUCUUAUCGGAUACUUUCUCCUCGGCGACUCCCUGAACACGACAGUGACAGUCAUCUCCACUUUGCAAAACAGCAUCGUAUCUUACAACACACUCCAAUUGACCUACCUAUUACUGGUCGGAAUCGCAGCCCAGGCCAUCGGAAUCUACGCCUUCUGGUUCGCCCAGCAGCGAUACAACCUCAGCACAACAACCAUGUUCAACCUCAUAGCCAUCUCAAUCAUCCUCCUCGACGGCUGGGGUAUGAUCGGCAUCUGGACUCAGAAGUUCGGCUUCCAUCAUCUCUGGGAAGUCUGGGUCUACCAACUCUUCUACGGCCUCUUCGUCUGCCCUUGGUACAGUUACUCCCAAAUCAUGAUAUCAGAAGUAACGCCGCGUGGCCACGAAUUCCUCUUCUUCAGUCUAUUCAGCAUCAUCGGCAAGACGUCCUCGUUUAUCGGCCCACUGGUCUCCAGCGCUAUCAUCGAUGCAUCGCCAUCGAAAAACAGUUCAAUGCCAUUCUAUUUUCUGUUUGCGCUGAGUCUCGCUAGUUUUGGGUUUCUGGUGAUGUUUUUGGAUUUGAAGAGGAGUCGUAAGGAGCAGGAUGCUUUUUUGAAGGAACAGACACCGAUGGAUGGAUGA